AUGGCUGAAAAUGAAGGAUUCGUUCACGACGAAAUCACCGUCACGCCCGCGAAUGAUGAAAAGGUUUGUGAAACAUAGAAAUCUACUUCAAAAUAUUGAAAUGUUUCAGAGAAAUGAGAAUCAAAGCAGUACCCGGAAGCGGUCUGUGGACAUUGGGACUUCAACGACGCAAAUCAUUAUAGAGUGAGUGGAACAACUUGCCUUUUUAUAAUGAGAAUGAAUGAAGUUCAGAAGUGAGCCGCCGGUGAGCUCCCGAGACUGCUGGAGCUCCAUGUGCGACGUCUUCGGCACCCGACAGUCCGCCUACAUAGCCCAGCUCCGACCGAUCAGUGCGUAUCUUCUGCGGUGUCAGGAAGCGCUCAAGAUCUUCCAGUACGAACUGGAAAGAGAUAUCAAGACGAAACAGACGGCUCUGGCGACUUAUCAGCAUGUGAUGGACUGCGUUAUUGAGAUCAAUCAUAUUUGUAGUGAGUUUGUUCCACUUGAUUUCAAUUCAAUUGGCCUGAUUCCAGUGCAUCGUGAUCUGAACAUCCCUCCCGAAGAGCACACAAUGCUCAGAUCUGUCGCCUAUGAACUGGCUUUGCUGGCUAGAAUCAUCGAGGAAGUGGCUAACCAAACUGGAUCUGAGAAGCCGAGAAGCCGGACGAACUCAUUCCAAAGGCUCACAAUUUCCGCUCCCGUCAGUUUGUUUUCACUAUGCUAACUGUAAUGAAGACGUUAUUGCAGACAGUGCACACGAGCACGGAAGGCGACGAGACUCGGGACAUUGGCUCCGGCGGCAACAUUCCGGCAGUGGACGAGGGAUCGCUGAAAGAGACUAUCUCGAAUGUGUUCGAUAUGAUCGAGAACCUCAUGAAAUACAUCGACAAGAAGACGGAACGAAGGUGGUGGCUGCGGGAUGUGAUCAAUUUCACGCAGGCGGCCGUCAAGGUGGCUCUGUUCAUCAGCGCCGCCAUUUCCGUCGCCUAUCACGAGAACCAGAUAGCUCCGAUCAUCACUCUGAUCAUCACUUGCAUUCAGGGAAUCACCGAGGGAUUCGAUCAAUACUUUCUGAAGAACAAGUCUCCGGAUGACAUUCACAUUUCGGUUCUCACCAACACAAUGAACAAUUUGAAAAGUUGAAAGUCCAUUAAUGUACUGGUUUAGUGAAAUAAAGAGUGAAAUGAUUGAAUGCAUUGUUUUCCUACUAUUCGGGCGCUAAUGGCAUUCUUCAUUUUGGGAGUGGAGAGUGGAGAAAGCGGUCACAAUGGAUGGACGGUUUGUAUAAAGCAACCGAAAGUUAUUUAACUUUCUAGUGAAAAUAAUGAAUCGAAAACUCUUUAUUUUUCUUCUAUUCUCAGUGGUCCACUCACAGUUCAUAGGAGGAGGUUGCGGUUGCGGGUGAGUUUGGUUUUCUGAUUCUCGCAAAAACUUCACUUCCAGAAUCGGUGGAUGUGGGUGUGGACAGCCGACGAUCAUAGUUCACCAGAGCCCACCGCAGUACCUUUCCGCGCCACCGCCUCCUCUUCCGCCACCACCUCCACCACCGGCUCCUGCUCCGAUCUAUGCUCCUCCGCCGCCACCACUGUAUGCUCCGCAGCCGCCGCCACCGUCCAUGUAUGCUCAGGCACCGCCCGUGUACGUGCAGCCACCGCCGCCUCCUCCGCCACCACCGCAACCAUCUUACUAUCAUCCCAUGUUCCCUACUGCCGCUUAUUCUGGUAUUAUGUACGGCUGAACGUGAACCUCUCCGUGCUUGCGUGAUUCUUUUUUUGUUUUCACGGAUUACCGAUUAGUUUGAAUAAAACAAUCCGAUCGGAUAAAGACCAUUUCUCGAAAUCGUUUCCGUUCGUAUCGCUUCGUUGAUACGAAGUGACUAAAGUGAGUUCGGGCCGCCCGUCCGGGAUCCAUUAAACACGAUCGCAGAAGAACUAG